CGCGCAGCUGCUUUCAUGUUCCAGCGCUCGAGACGCUACGACGGAGAGGGGUGCUUGCGCUGCUUGCUCCAGGGAUUUCACCUCAGUUGGACUUUAAAUAAAACAAGAACUCGCAGUUUGUCUCCGAACAUGACCACUUAGAUUACUUAUCACUGCAAGUUGUGGGCAUUCAACUGCUCUCAUGUUUGCAAGUGUUUUCUCCCGCACCGGUUUUAAUGUGUUUCAUGUGUUUGCGCUCAACCGUGAGGUAGACUUAUUCGGAAAGAUUUUACCGGACUGUCGGCGUGAGAUUUAUCCGGUGGAUGCAGCUGUCGGGGUCGGUGUCUGAGCCCUGCAGGAGCAGCCUGUCAUACUUAUAGGGCAGCAUGGUUUCUCUGGUGCUUCACAAGUGGAUGAGGAAUAUUUCUCCGGAGAUGCUGCUGUUGGUGCCGAUUUUGUGGUUUUUACCUCUGACUGGAGCGGCUCCUUCUCUGACUAACGAGCAGCUGGACACUGGGGUGGACUGGCUGAGUAAGUUUGGCUAUCUCCCGCCCCCUGACCCAGUGACUGGUCAGCUUCAGACCAAGGAGGCCCUAACCAAUGCCAUCAAAGCCAUGCAGAAGUACGGAGGGCUGAAGGAGACCGGAGUCUUAGACCAAGCCACACUGGGUCUAAUGAAAACACCCAGAUGUUCCCUGCCAGAUGUGUCUGAGGCGGAGGGGACAAUGCGCCGUAGGAAACGAGACAUAAACCCCCAGAACAAAUGGAGUAAGAGGCAUCUAUCCUGGAGAGUGAGGACCUUCCCUAAGGACUCUGCCUUGCUGGGCAGGGACACGGUUCGAGCCCUGAUGUAUUACGCCCUGAAGGUCUGGAGUGACAUCGCGCCGCUAAACUUCCACGAGGUGGCCGGCAGUGAUGCGGACAUUCAAAUCGACUUCACUAAGGCCGACCACAACGAUGGAUACCCCUUUGACGGGCCAGGGGGCACCGUGGCACACGCGUUUUUCCCCGGGGAGAGGUUCACAGCUGGAGAUACACACUUUGACGAUGACGAGGCCUGGACCUUCAGAUCUCCAGACACUCAUGGGAUGGAUCUGUUUGCGGUUGCAGUCCAUGAGUUUGGUCACGCCAUCGGCCUGGUCCACACCUCAGCCAUAGAGUCCAUCAUGAGACCGUACUACCAGGGUCCUGUAGGAGACCCUCUGAAAUACGACCUACCGUAUGAAGACAAGGUCCGCGUCUGGCAGCUCUACGGGGUCAGAGACUUGGUGUCCCACACAAACCGACCAGGCAACCCCUCCCAGACGGCUGAACCCCCUGUCCUGCUGGACCUCCCUGAAAACAGGUCCACUCUCCUGCUGACACAAGAUGCCCCAGACAGAUGUACCAGCCACUUCGAUGCGGUGGCCCAAAUUCGAGGGGAGGCCUUCUUUUUUAAAGGAAAGUACUUCUGGCGACUAACAAGAGAGAAGCACCUGGUGUCCCUGCGCCCCGCUCAGAUCCAUCGCUUCUGGAAGGGCCUCCCCCAAAAUUUGGACAGUGUGGAUGCUGUGUAUGAGAGGCCUGGGGACCAUAAAAUUGUUUUUUUCAAAGGUCUAAAGUACUGGGUAUUUAAGGAUAAUAACGUAGAGGAGGGCUACCCUCGUUCAAUCAGUGACUUUGGCCUACCCUUGGAAGUAAUAGAUGCAGCCUUUGUUUGGCUACACAACGAGAAAACCUACUUCUUCAAGGACAACCUAUACUGGCGCUACGAUGACCACCUGAGACGAAUGGACCUGGGAUACCCUAAAGACAGCUCGCUCUGGAAGGGGCUGCCGCCACAACUGGACGACGCCAUAAGGUGGUCUGAUGGCUCGUCCUAUUUCUUCAAGGGGAAGGAGUACUGGCGAGUGCCGAGCAGCGACAUGGAGGCGGAGGCAGGAUACCCCCGCUCCAUCGCCAAAGACUGGCUGCUGUGCACCGAGAUGCAGGCAGACUCUCCGGACACGGAGACGAGACUCAACGUGCAGCAUCAGCCGGACCACGCAGAGAACGGGUUCGAGGUGUGUUCCUGCACCUCGGACUCCGCCUCCCCUUUAGGCGCCCACCCCUCCCCCUCCCCCCUGUGGCUGCUGCCCCCCCUCUGGACGCUCUCGCUGGUCCUCCGCUCUGAACUGCUAUGAUGCCAAAACAUGGGACGAGGUUCCUGAGCUGGAUGCAAAAAAACAGUCGGUUUGGUGGAGGGCCCGUCGGGACUCAUUCUGAAUUCAAACUGGAAUUUAUAAAUAUCAAUUGGUACGUUUUGGUAUUAUUUUCGCUGUUAUUUAUUUCACAUGCUAUUUGAUGGUCAUUUAAAGCGCCUUUCGGUAUGGGUAGUACAUACAGUUAUCAUAUAAUCAUACUAUAGCCUAUCUAGUAGACAUCAAUCCACUGACAGUGACAAUGCUAAUACCGUGCUAAACAACUUUAGUUACACAGAACCACUUUUAUUGUAUUCUUAAAUUGCUGUUGCAUCAUCGCAAGGAAGCUAAUCCAAUAGGAUCGUUCAGAAUGACUGUUUUCAUGUAAAGCAAGUUUACAGCACUAUUGAAUGGCUACCUGGGAUGUGGAUUUCAAACAGUUGAAGAGUAUCCUGAGAUGGUAAAAGGUGGACAGUGGAGAGAUUUAAAAAUGUACCUUUCAGGAAUAGUUGGACAAUUUGGGGAAAUGUAUUAUUCUUAUUAUUUAGUUAGAUGAAAAUAUCCAUUCUUGUCUCACGUCUGUCUGGUUCAUAUUUAGCUAUCUCGUAGACAGUUAGCUUAGCUUAGCAAUAAUGCUUAAAUCAGUGAAGAAACAAAUAAGCUAAAGGCUAAGCCAUGCUAGCGUGUUUGUUUCCUGCGAUCACUCUCUAUGCUAAGCUAACCAGGUCCUCGCUGUAGCCAUAUACCUUACAUAUGUGAGAAUUUCACUUAUUUUCUCAUGUAACUCCAAAAAAGAAAUGUCAAACCAUUUCUUUAAAUACUCACUGGCCAGUAGAACUUUCUGCCAGGCUCUUUACGGCCUUUUAAACAUUUUUUACCAAUCAAAUAAUCAUGUUUAAGUUUAGGUCGGUUACAGGUAAUGUUACAGUUCUCACCACGCCCAACCCCUAUAGGGAGAAAUACACAGUACUUUAACUCAGCUUGACAGGACAAAAACUCAAAACCAGGGUAAGAAAUGACAUCGGGGAUAAUGAUAAUAUAUUUGGAUGGGUGACUGACAGGUGAAAAGUACCCAGAAAUGCAGUGGAGAUAGUUUACAAGUUAAUGAUCCCACGGGGGUUUGUCAGGAAGAGAAAAUAAAUGGCAUGCUGGGAUGUCGACAGGUAGAUGGAUAGCAUACUGUACACAGGUAGAUGGGGGAAUACCAUCGAGUACAGCAACACGAAGACAAAAAGGGCAGCGUAGGACAAAUGUAGACUCUGGAUAAGACAGAAUGUUAAAAUGGAGUUUCUUAGUGUCGCUUCACGCCAUUAUCCUAGCUUUAACUCCCUUACCUGUUCUACCACGCUCUUUGAUGAACCACUGCUCAUCCAUCAGAAGCAUUCCCUGCCACCACAGAGGCAGCAUUAGUUUUGUUGUAUUUUUUUUAUAAAUAUAGACGGAUUGUGAUUCCAUCUUGCUUCAGUCAGAUUUAGUUUCUCAUCAAUCAAAGCUCCAUCUCAGAAACGUCAUUAGCAAACCUCACCGGAUAGCAACUGGAUUUAUUCUUGCUGAUAUAUUUACCUACAAUUUAAAUAUAGACACAGAUAUAUUUGAGUUGAGACGUCCCGUGGUUACUUCAAAGCCGCUGGGGACUGUGUAUAUUUCAAGGUGUGUUUUCUAAUGUAAAAUAUUUUUGUAGGAAAAUAAAAGAAUAUGAAUGAC